UCUUUCUCUCUCUCGAUUAUACCGCCAUGGCUAUGUCUGCUGGUCCUCGAAAUGAACUGUCUCUUACGUUAAUGGUGAUUAUUGUUGUCUUCACAACAUUAAUGUCCUGUUCUUUCGCUUAUCAACGCCCGCCGGCCCGCCCAUCUCCUAUGAUUCUCCGUUCCGAUGAUCAGAAUCAUGCUUUGCCGGAACAGGUGCAUAUAUCAAUUGUGGGAAGCGACAAGAUGAGAAUAUCGUGGAUAACAAAAGCGCCCGACACUCCAGCCAUAGUCAAGUAUGGAACUUCUCCGGGAGAUUACAAAUUUUCUUCGAGUGGGACAAUAAAUUCCUAUAAAUAUAUGUGGUACAAAUCGGAUGAGAUUCACGAAGUUGUCAUUGGCCCAUUGAAACCUAACACUCAAUACUAUUACAUUUGUGGCUCAGAAGGUCAAGGCCCCGAGUAUAACCUCAAGACCCCUCCCGCUCAAUUCCCCGUAAACUUUGUCGUUACCGGUGAUUUAGGUCAAACAUAUUGGACAAAAUCCACCAUUGAACACAUUGCAAAAUCAACCUAUGACGUACUAAUUAAUCCCGGGGACCUAUCAUAUGCCGACAUGAUACAACCAAUGUGGGACUCCUUUGGCCGUCUAGUCGAGCCACAAGCUAGUCGUAGGCCUUGGAUGGUUACUCAAGGUAACCACGAGGUUGAGAAAAUCCCCCUCGUCCACUCUCAUCCAUUCACGGCCUACAACACUAGAUGGCGCAUGCCUUACGAGGAGAGCGGAUCAAACUCCAACUUAUACUAUUCGUUUAAUGUCGCUGGCGCCCAUAUCAUUAUGUUGGGCUCAUACGUGGAGUUUGAUGAGGGUUCAGAUCAAUUCAAGUGGCUUGAGAGUGACCUGUCCCGAAUAGAUAGGAAAAGAACACAAUGGGUGAUAGUGGUGGUGCACGCACCAUGGUACAAUUCAAACACAGCCCACCAAGGAGAGCCCGAAGCUGAUGGAAUGAAGGCCGCGAUGGAGGACUUGCUAUUUAAGGCUCGAGUGGAUAUUGUGUUUGCAGGACACAUACAUGCAUAUGAACGCUUUGAUCGUGUUUAUAAAGAAAAACUCAACAAUUGUGGACCCGUUUAUAUCAACAUAGGCGACGGAGGCAACCGCGAGGGCCUGGCUACAAAGUAUAUAGAGCCACAACCUAAUAUAUCAAAGUUUAGGGAGGCAAGUUUUGGGCAUGGGCAGUUAUUGAUGGUUAAUGGAACUCAGGCUCAAUGGACAUGGCACCGAAAUGACGACAAUGAAGCUAUUACCUCAGAUACUGUCCAUCUAACUGCUCUUUCUUCGAUGGCUUCUUGCUAAACAAAUAAAAAAAUAUAAAGU